AUGACCGGUGUUUACGCUGUUCGAGGGCGAGGGCCUGCGGGGGACCGGGACAUAUUUGAGAACAAAUUCAUCGUUCCUCACUGCACUAUCACGUUUCCGCAGACCAACGAACAACUUGUCGUAGCCGUCGGCUACAUCAUGCAGAUUGCGUCCGGCGGCGUCGGGCGCACUGAGGCAGCCGCCCUCACGGACGCCACAUCCAUGACGUGCAUCCUCGUCACCAGGAUUGGCUAUCGCACGCCAUCGGACAUCAACACCACGUACAUAGAAGGCAAUCUGCUCUUUGGGCGGAAUUCCUUGAAUGCCCGCCAGUUUCGCCGGGACGAGAACGAGAUGCACUGGCAAGUUAUCUCCUCCGUCGGCAAGCUCGAACUCGUCGCCACCAGUUCGUCGUUGAUCCUUAACGCCAAAUCGGUCGUUCGAAAAAUCGAUACUGUCGACUUCUAUGACACCGGCGUGGGAAUGCUUCCAAUCCUCCCUCCCGGCCACGUAUUCUGGAGACACAACAUCGUAUUGCACUCGAUGAGAUACACGCGUGACCAGAGCCCCCUAAGCCACUUCGUUCUGGGGAUGGUAGGUGGCCUGCCUCUCGUUCUCGCACGACUGAUCAACGUCCGUGCAGGAGUAUACGCCGAUCUGCCGUGA